UCGACCACGACGACGACGUGGUUGCUCGAUCGUAGCCGGAGAUGAGCGGCGGCAUCCGGCGGUUGGUGAACCUGGGAGUGUAUGAUGGGCGCAACAGCGUGUAUUCGCUCCGACGCUUGGACCUCUCCAAGAUGGACUUGUUUCACCGGACGGCAGAAGAGGCGGCCGCGGAUGGCAAGCUGCUGCCAACACUCACGCCUGCCAAGGCCUGGGCGUCCAACGACAGGAGAAGGAUCUGCAAGGCUGACCUCUCGGCGGCGGAGGCGGCGGCGCCCAGCAUCCAGACGCCGGCAAGCGAGCUGGUCAUUAAGCCACCGGAAGUAUCAUGCAGCCUGCCGACCCAUCACCGUGUUUAUUUCCUCCCCACCUCCUCGGAGGACAAGGUGGUCUUGGGUGACCACACGAACCGCAUGUUCCGCUUCGACGCAGGCGAGGGCCGCCACUGGAUCGAGAGCCUGCCAAGCCUCCACGAGCACAAACACUCACCGUUGUCCAUCGCCGUACCUCCGUCGGACUUGCACCUCCAUGACGGCGAAGACGGUGGCGACAUGUACAUCAUCGAUAGGAUCCUCCAUCCGGACAAGUCGGAGGCGAAGCCACAGUUCGAGGCCCUGGUGUGGAGGGCGGAGCACCGGCGCUCAUUUUGUAGCAGGACCUGGCACUGCGACAUCCUCCCGCUGCCACCGUGGAUCAUCCAGCAGAAGCACGCCUACGUCUGUGGCCACGCUCUCGUCGGCGGCGACACCAUUUGCUUCUCCAUCGCCGGCGCCGAGGGCCCCGGCUCCUACUGCUUCCACAUCGCGACUCGUGAGUGGAGUAAGGCUGACGACUGGGUUAUGCCGUUCCAAGGCAAGGCGGAGUAUGUUCCGGAGCUCGGGCUCUGGUUCGGCGAAUCAAGAGGCCUCCCCUGUGCCGCCGACAUCUCUAGCGUCAUCAGAGGAGAGGAGCCUCCGCAGCACAAGUUGUGGAUCUGGGUGGAUGAUGACCUGCCAGAGGAGUGGCAACCGAGCGAAUUGUGUAGGUCCAAGGUCAUCAGCCUCGGUUUGGGCAGGUUCAUCGUUGUAGACUUCUUGGAUGCCAUGAUAUUCGACAAGGAUUGCAAUGAGAUGGUUACGAGCAAGCAAUUUGCCCUCUUUACUGGUAUGGAGGUAUUGUACGAUAACGGCCGCAGCAAAGGUGCUGGCAAAGACAAUGACAACUACAAUAGUGGUACCAAAUGCUCCGGCAACGAGAAUGGCAACAAUGGCGGCAAAGUCAAAGGGAUGAUGCGUGGCCUGCGUAUGGUUAAGCACAAAUCCAAACAUUACAUGUUUAACGUGCAACAGUGUAUCGAUCCGGUGCUGUGAACGAUUCAAUGAUUAAAUCGUUAUUGUGUUUGA